AUGGGGGUGAGUUCUCUCAAUCUUCGUGAAGUUUCACCAGUGCCUCCAGAUGUUCUUGAAGAGAUGAAGAAGAAUGAAGGCAUGCUGAGCUUCGGCAAAUCGUUAGAUUUGACUGAUGACAGAGGAAGGAUAGUUUAUUGUUUCACCAGAAUGAACCAGCUUCUCACAAACCACUUUCCUUUUUUGAAAGGUUCGAAGAAGGAUUCUAUUGUGGGCAUUCGUUGCCUUCAGGUCAGAGACGACCUUGUUCCCCUUGAUGUCGGUGUGACCCCCUUAAGAGCCAAAAGCUCACCAGAUACGCUGGAAAAGCUGGGGACUCUUGGGAUUCUGGAGGAUUUCGUCGACAUUCAGAAAGAGGAUACGAUCAAUGUAGAGCUCUUGGCGACAUACAAGCCGCCUGAACAGUAUGAGCUAAUACUGCCUGGGAAUAUGGUGAAAAGCGGUUCAUGUUUGAGUGAUUUUGUUCAACUUGAGCUCAAGCAGACUAACACGUUUUUCUGUUCCUGUCACGGUGAUAUUUCCAUAAACCACAUUACUAUUAUUCUAGAGGAGCAUCUGAGAUUCCAGCACAUAGCGCUGAAGGGUUGCUGUGUAACCGAGGAUGUUCAAACAGUGGUCUUGAAAGACUCAAGCAUCAACAAUUUCAUCUCCCACACUGACUUCAAGAAUAUCGGAACUGGGUUUUUCUAUUUUCCAAAAGUGUCAAUGUACAAUUGCAACCUUCCAAAUAUUGGGCCCACCUACAGUUCGAACAAGUGCACUAGGAGUUAUGUCAUUCGAUUCAAUAUCGAUUUGGAAUGUGGGUCGAAAAAGUGUUCGAAACAUAUCUCUACAACAAUGGAAAUUGCAGUUGCUACAGAGGUUGAUCUGGCGGAGCCCAUUCUUCAAAUUCAAAAGAAGCAAGAUGUGAUGUUAGUUGAGAAAUUCAAAUUGGAUUCUGAUCUUGCGCAGAAUGCUAUUCAAUAUUGCAUCGCAAGGCGAGACGAGAUGACGUUGGACAUGAUUAGUUUUCACAUUUCCUCUGUUGUUGAAGGCGAUAAGGCUUUGGUAAUAGCCACCUUAAACACAACUGACUGCUAUGGCAUGCAAAGUGAAAGAAAGGUGAAAGCGAUCGAGUCAAGUGAAGUUCUAGCGUUGUAUCCGAGAAAAGGGGUUUGGACAGUCAAUGCUGCAAUGUUGACUACUUCAAUUGCUGGUAUUCCGGGACGGAUGUUUCAAGUUUCCAGGUUCGUGAAUGUUUUUGAUGAAUUUCGGUUCUCAAACUCAUACGGUUCCAGAGAGGGUCGCUAUUCCUUCUUGUCUGAUUAUCGAGGAGUACUUACGGCUGGCCCAGGAAUGACUCUCGAUUCAACAAUGACAUUCAAAUUCAUUUCAAGUUGCCGUUCCUUUGUUUCAAUUUACUUCAGCAAUCUUGAAGUUAUUCUUGGUCAGCAGACUGUGAAGCUCAACAAGAAUUGCAGAGAAGCCUUUCACAAAGAGUACAAGUUGCAUAGCGAACAUGCUAAACAUGUGAGUUUCCGAGAAAUUGACGAAAACGGGCAAAAAAGUUUCUUGUUUGAAGGAUUACUCGAAGGCUGCAAGAUCCCGAAUGUCUUGCCCUCCACCCUUUCCGACUGUUUCAACAAGAGCUACAAACUCAAUGUUAGCUUGGAGGUGCAUGCAAACGCAUUGGGCUCUGGUGGCUAUUUGGAGAGGAUUGAUUGUAAAGUUUCGGAAAGUAUUGAUGUUCUCAUGGGCAUCAAUGAAUGUUAUCGUCUAAUGGAGAAAGAAGGACACGAAAAAACCUAUAUUAACUAG